AUGGCUAUCUCCAGUGCUCGAGGCCGGCUUAUUGCUGUUAUCGGUGAUGAAGAUACAAUUACUGGGUUCCUUUUAGGUGGUAUUGGUGAGCUCGAUAUUGACAGACGCCCUAAUUAUUUGGCUGUCACCAAAGAUACGCCGAUAAGUGAUAUCGAGGACGCGUUUAAGACGUUCACAUCUCGAGAGGACAUUGCAAUCAUUUUGAUCGUUCAAAACGUGGCCGAUGUGAUUCGUCACUUAGUUGAUGCACACACAAGUCCCAUGCCAGCCGUCCUGGAGAUUCCAAUGAUAAUGAGUGAUUAUCAACUAAAUGCAGAUGCAGAGGAAUUUGUACCUCAGGUUGUAAAAGUUGAGAAUAAUAUUAAGGAUAUAGUUCUUGAGGCAUUUGGUUCAAACACCAAAACUUCUGAAGGGGCUAUUCGAAAGUUUGAACAACUAAUUCAAUCUUCCCCAGCAUGUAAAGCAGCCCAUCGUGUUGGUGAAGCGCUUAUAAGAGCGGCAUUUAUUAAAUCAGGAAACGCCACCGUUGCGCUGAAAGUUUUCAAGGAGUUGCAAGCAUCCAUUCCAGAUUCUCAAUAUGACCUCCUGGAGAAUGGUUUUCUAGGUGAACUUCACACGCAAACCAUUCAAGUCGUUUCCGAGGAGGGUUUAAAGGAGGUUGCAAAUGACACGGAUUCGAGCAAAAAGUUUAUCUUGUUCUCUGCCGAGCUUAUUCAUCUAAUUUCACAAAGUGUAACUAAUCUUCGAAAUGCAGGAUCAGGUGUUGCACCCCUUUUCCCCUGUAUCGAUAUCUGUAUAUUAGCGGUGGCUGCCCUAAGAACUCAGUUAGAGACCACGAAAAAAAAUCCGCCCCCCGAUUCUAAAGCUAUGAUGAAUUGGGGCAAUCUCAUAGAUGCUUUCAUUUCAAGCCUCAGUCAAACCUUGCCUAAAAUUAAUGCUCUUCUUCAAUCUUCGGAUCACGUGCCAUCGUCGUCUUCAUCCUGGAUUUCAACUUCUUGUCUCCGAGAACCUUCAGAUAUCUCAGUUCUGAAGAACAAUCCCAGUAUAAAUAAUGUGGAAACACUUAAAGUGGAACACUUAGCCCUCCUUUUGGAUGAAGUGCUGUAUCUGCUCAAAUUUCUCGUUGUUAUUGAUAACGGAUUGCCCUCGAGGUGGGUUAGAUCUACCGCCAUGGAUCUUUUGCUUUCUGCAGCAGCUGUAACUACAGCAAAUGCCUCAAUAAAUCAUCAAGAUUUUGGAGAUGACAACUUAUUUGAUCAAGAUAAUCAGGAGUUGAUGCAAGAUUUUGAGGAAUUCCUUGAAACAUCAGGACAGUUGUAG